ACGUACUGCAACCGCCGCCGCCCAUCGCCAACCCCGGGCUCUCGCAGCCACCGACAACGACGACAAUCCCGACGACGACGACAACGACCACCACCCUCGCCCGCCCCGCGAACCACCACCGAGGUAAGUGCCCUGGCUGCCUCAUCGGCUGGCAGACCAGCGCGCGCAGCGACACCUCCGCUCACCGACGACGACGUCUCCUUGUUUGUCUCUCCUUUGCACCGGCAAGGAGGGGCUUCUUUCUGUUGGGCGGCGCCCAAGCCAAGGGGCGGAAACACGACCACCGGGCUCCCCCCUUAGACACUGCGUCCUUGUGAGUGAACACGGUUGUUGCAGCAGCAGCAGCAGCACGACGAGCGCCACCCAAGCUGAUGCGAUGCCGUGUCGUGCGUGCAUCUCGUUAGGUGCCGUCUCUUCCUCAGCAUUCUCGCGACAGACUCGCCUGGCCUGUCUGUGCGCCUUCGCUCCCCGACAUCUCCAGCUUUACCGAUUGCUGUCUGCUCAAGUCACGACGCAGCAGCGCCCACGCUCAUUUGCACCAUUGCGACGCCUGCUUUCCCUUUGUCCGACAACGACGCCGUUCCAGCCAUCCGUUCGUUCUAGUUCGACGGUUCGACGGGACCCCCCCUUGGCACCUCGUUCACGACGAAUGUCUGCGUAAACCCGAGUCCGCUUUGAGCCCGGGGUGCCGACUACCGCACCGACGGGACACGCAGGACCAUCUCACCAAGCCAGAUAGUACACAGAAUCAUAGACACGGCAAUGGCCGAGCCUCCCUCGUCGCCUCCCAGCGAGGCUACCGGCUCUGAGGAUGCCCUGUCCUGGUACAAGGCCCAGUACGAGCUGCUCGAGUCGGAGCUGGCCGAGUUUCGCGAGUCGAGCCGCGAGCUCGAGCAAGAGCUGGAAAAGGACAUUGAGCGCGCCGAGAAGCAGGAGCGGGUUCUCCAGGAGAGGGCCGAGACUCUGGGCUUCGAGGUGGAGGAGUGGAAGGUCAGUUGGCGACGUCGUGGGACGACGCGCGCGCGAGGCAGCCGAUGCUGACAACCAGCAGCGGAAAUACAAAGAGUCCAAGACCGAGGCCAGCGCGGCGCAAAACGCGCUCGAGAAGGAGAUUACGACGCUCCGCGACUCGAACCGCUCCCUGCAGCUGAGGCUGCGCGACAUCGAGGUGGCCAACGACGACUUUGAGCGCCAGGCGCGCAACACGACCUCGUCGCUCGAGGACAUGGAGAGCAAGUACAAUCAGGCCAUUGAGCGCGCCGUCAUGAUGGAAGAGGAGAUCAAGAUGGGCGAGCAGGAGCGCGAGAACCUCCGCAUCGAGUCCCAGCGCCUACGCGAGGAGCUGGCGGACCUCAAGAUCGAGGCCGAGCUGAUGCAAGACAAGAUCAAGAAGCACGAGUCGCGCCACCUCUCGACCAUCUCGACGGACCUCUCCGUGCUAGGCUCCCCGACCUUUGACAAGAACUCGCCAGGCUCCACGGCCAGCUCGCCGCUCAUCACCACGCCGCCCGACACCAAGCCGCCGUCGACCGACGGCACCGCCUCCGAGGUGCACGACCCGCCAUCGCCGCCCAUGUCGGACGCCUCGGCCUCGAUGCGCAAGUCGACGGCUAGGGCCGCCGGCGUGUACGGCACGCUGCCGCGCAAGUCGCGGCUGCCGUCGCUCGACAGCCACGCGACGCCCAAGCCGCGCACGCAGCCCAGCAUCGGCACGCUCAGCCGCGCCGCCGCCGGCCCUCGCAUGUCGGGCGGCGCGUCCCUGCGAACGCCGGCGAACCGGUCGACUAGGACCCGGCCGACGGCGCACAAGCUGCCCGCGUCCAACUCCCUGACGCACAUCCGCUCGCUGACGGCCCAGAUGCAGCGGCUCGAAGCGAGGGUGCAGUCUGCCCGCUCCAAACUUCCCGCCCCGACCGCCACGCCUCCGAGGGCCUCUCCCAGGUCAGUGAGCAACGCGUCCAACGUGCCGGCCUCGGUCACGAUCCGCUCCCGCAAGCGCACGACCGGAUCCGCCGCGUCGUCGCUGGCCGAAGACGACACGACCCCGACGGGAUACAACCCGCGCGCGUCGACGACCAAGAGCCACGUCCCGCGGCUUAGCACGUCGGGGGUCAACAGGCUCUCGUUCGGGCCGCUGCCGAACCGCGGCGGGCCCGAGUCGGACAUGAGCAGGCCGAGCUCGCGGGCUAGCAUCUCGUCGUACGCCAGGCCGGCUUCCCGGAACGACAUGAUUGCGCCGCCGCGGCCCAUGUCGAGGACGUCGAUGACGGGUGCCAGGACGCCGCUCGGGCGCCCGCGGUCGUCGCUGUCGAUGAGCGGGGCGGUGCACGGCCACGGCUACUCGGCGAGCGUCGGGCGCGCCGCCCUGGAUGAGCAGGGGGGCGACGAGCGGACGCCGAGCCGCAGGGGCACGUACUCGAAGCUGGACCUGGAGAUGAUGGGUGCCAGUGGUAUUCCCGCCCCGGGCAGCGGCAUCCCGGCGCCGGGCACCAGGCGACAGAGCGCAGGUAGGCGAACCAGCGUGGGGGUCUCCGGCGGACGACCCAGCACGUCCGGAGGGAAGAAACUGGCCGACCUGGGCGAGACGUACUAACCGCCCGUUUCGAUUCCACCUCAGCUACGAACCGGGCUUUCCACCUACCGACGAGAUUCUGGGGGCAGCGAGAGGCGGGCAAGCCAUAGCCGUCCGCGCUGCCUUCCCCUGGACUCGACCCCGCUAGGUCUCUAUCGAGAAUGCGCUUUGAAAGGAAGGGUCUUGAGGGUAAAGGCGCCACCACCGCCACCGCCGCCGCCGCCGCACACGCCGUCGCAUAGCCCUCGCACCUAUACUACUAUACUAUACCCCCGAGCGGCAACCUACCUUGGAGUUGGGACUUGGCCUGAUUUGUUUUAUUUGUCCACGGGAGCACGAGAGAAACGGCGAAGGAGGAGUUAAGAUAUGCUCUUUCAUGUCACGAUGAUUACGACGCGCAGCGCAAAUACACACACCAACAUUCCUACACGCUCACACCACGCUCACACCGCGCUCACAACACGCAGACGCAGCACGCAGACACACCACGCACCCACAUCAUGCAGACACAGCACAACACCGCACGCACGCAGAAUGGAAGCAAAGCACACUGGGAGUUUUUUUUUUGUUGUUCUUCAUGUUGGAGGUUUCCGGCACCGGGACUGGGACAUGGGAUGGGAACAGGGGAGGGGCCCUGGCCCUGCAGUUCUUCUCUUUUCUAAUCUACUCUAGGGAGGUAGUCCCGGCUCUACUCUUCUCCUCUUCUCUCCUCUACUCUACGCCACCCUAUCUGGUGGGGUUCUCCUUUUCUCUACUACACUCUACGCUAUCCUGUCUGAGAUUUGGGGCGAAGGGGCGCUUUCCUUGGCCUCAGUUGUGUGGUGGUGAUACUUGAUGCCCGUGUGUAAGGAAGGGCGUGAGCGAGAUGAGGGGCCUAAUGACGAAGAGAGGAAGAGAGUACUGGUUUCUCGAAGGAAAGAGGAUGGAUGUGAGACAGGCAUGGUGGGAGAGAGAGAGAAACUGGAGGGGCCACGCGUGUGAUACACAUGUCGGCGCUACAGACGUCGGCUUUCCUUUUUUCUCUUCUUUCUUUUGUCGGAGUGAAAGGAAGGGUGGACAACGGUGGGGUGUGGUAGUAGUGGUACGUAGUAGAGGGAGGUAGAGACGCGGACGCACCUUUUCGAGAGAAUGCGGAGGAAGGGGUGAAAUGAGUGAGUGAGUGAGUGGAUUUGAAUGAGAGAGAAAUGCUUUGAUGAGCGGGUGCCUUUUGAGAUAUCGGUGAGAUAUCGAUGAGAUGAGGGUUGUGCUUUGGGGAUGUGAUGUCGUGCUUGAUGGUGUGUUGAUAGUGUGUUGCUGCCGUGUUUUCGACAUGAUGCGUGUAAGCGUGCCGGAUGCCCAGCAGCAGCAGCAGCAGCAGCACAUAUGGACAGAAGGGACUUGCAUGGCGGGUAGUGAUACGGUGAGAUGGUGUUAUGGGCUAGGCUCGGUCCCGUCCAUCUCGGAGAGGGG